AGCCAUUGGACAUUGUAGCAAAGCAUUCUAUCGAAAGCGAAACAAUGUCUCUUGGUGGGAAACUUGUGAGUGAAUUACCAGUAAAUGCAUCUGCAGAAAAAUGCUACAAAAUCUUCAAAGAUAACUGUAAGCAUAUGCCAAAUAUUACACCAAAAUUCAUUCAACAAGUCGAUGUUCAUGAUGGUGAUUGGGACACUCAUGGUCAUGGCUCUAUCAAAAUUUGGAACUACUUUGCUGAUGGUAAACCCGAGGUUUUGAAAGAGCAAGUGGAAUUUGAUGAUGUGAAUCGAAAAGUAACACUAAUUGGAUUAGAGGGAAGUGCAUUCAAGUACUAUAAAAAGUUCAUCCCAAUUUAUCAGUUUGUGCCAAAAGGUGAUGAUCCCAAUCAUUGCUUGGCCAUUCUAACCAUAGAAUAUGAGAAACUCAAUCACAGCUCUCCUUAUCCAUACAAAUACAUUGAGAUCAUGAAUGGCAUGACCAAAGACAUGGAAUCUCACCUUAAAUGACAAGCUUUUUGUUCGUAUACGAGCUUCACAAUAGCUAAGGCAUUAUGACAUUGUCGAUUGUGUGUUUUUAUUUUGAAGCCAUCUAUAUGGAAUAAUCACUUUAAUAUUCUUAGUAUUAUGCCACUCUAUUUAUGUAUUUUAAUCACACAUCUUCCAUUAAAUAAUUGUCAUCUAUAUGUAAAAUUGAUGAAGCUCCAUUAUUAAUACAUAUAAUAUAUUACUUUUUAAGCUUA